AUGGUUCUCUCAUCUCUGUGCGUUGGUGCUACCUUCACCACAGCCCAAAGCAGGGGCUACGGUCUAAACAAUCUGGACCUGCUCCGAAUGUUGACAGAGAAGCCCUGGCUGGGCGUGGGACACCACCGGUGGGACACGGCGCCCAUAGAGACGGACCUGGGGAACUACCCGAGGGCAUACCCCAGGAUCAACAGAGCCUCGAGCCAAGAGGAUGUGGGAUCUAGGAGCUAUGAUGAUGAUGUUUUUAGGGGUUCGGAAAAACGGUCCGCGGUCGCGACAGCGCUGAACGCCGGCCGUCGGAGACGCCAGCCGACGCCCGCGCUCGGUAAGGCAGUCGCGCCGUAUGUCGGCGUCGGGGUUCUCAACGACGUGGGAUCAUUCUUCGACUCGUUGCGGGAUAACCUGGAGACGCUGGCAUCCCUGUCUCCCCAGCAGAGGUCCAACCUGUUCCAGGAGCCGCCCACUGUCGUCCACGCUCCAUCCUCUGGUGGCGGUGGUGGCGGAAGUGGAAUACGGAAACUACACGCCCUUCGUCCCUUGAGGCCCACUGGAAACAUCAGAUCUUACAACCGCAGAUCGGACUUGGAGGCGUACAGCGGCUACCCGGGGGCGAACCACCACGACCCAGGGCUCCUGUGGACCGGACUGGGCCGCCGGUAAACUCCGCACCCAAAAUCUACCAAAAAUACCAAAUAAUUCGCAAAAAAUACCAGUUAUUUGCCUAGAAAAUACAUCGCCGGAUUUGUUCAGCAAAAACUGGUUUGAUUUCGUCAAUAUAGACAAUGCUAAUAGUGAUAUAAUUUGUGAUAUACCCAAUUGUUAUAUUUUAAGAACGUUCUGUGGUAAUCGAAAUGCUUUUCACAAUUUUGCUACAAAAUCCCAUAAUAAUUCUUUGCGGCCACCGAUUAUUACCGGAUAUUAAAUGAAAUAUUGAAAAAAACUAACCCUCGAUAAAUGUAAUAUUUU